GCCUUUCUCUCUCUACCUCCCAUGCUCGACCCAGCCACAUCUUGCCCGCAUGGCCGCAUGGGCUUGGCUCCGCCCGCGCCGCUCCCCCCAACUGGAUCUCGUCCGCACAGACUCCCUCCCCUGCUAGGCCGCCAUGGCCAUGCCCAGCGACUGGGAGGACAGGCCGGCGUCCGGGGUUCACCUCGUCGCCCAUGGCCGCCGCCUGGCGCUCCCGCGACAGCAGCCCGUACAGCAGCCUGUCCCUUCCGAUCUUCUCCAGCACCGUCGCAGUCGCCUCUGCCGCCGGCAAGCUCCUCCGCCAAAAGGAUGGCUGCUAGCGCACGAGGAGGAAGGAGAUCGAGGGCGUGUAGUCCUGAGGGCAUCAGCGUCCAACUGUUGCUGGCAGGGAGGAGGAGCUGGAGGGAGCUGCUUUUGGCUCCUCCUACGCCCCCAUGCCUCUCUCAACGCGUUUUCAGGGGAUUCGAUGCUGGAGCUGGUACGCCUGAACCCCUUUGGUUGUGAGAGCCGUAAAACAGCUCUCGGAGCUGUCCCGGGAGCUCUACCAAACGCCCCCUUUGUCCUCGAUAGGAAACCACCAUUCGAGAGAGCUUGGGGAUGGGAUUCCUUACUUCCAGUCAAUCUGGUUACUUCUUUAUCGAUAUACAAGAUAUACCUCCGGCAGUAUUACAUCCGCAAUCAUCAAAGGGAAGGCAAUGCUGCUGGUGCCGAUGAUCUCAGUCUCGAUGGAGAUGAUCAUGGGAAUGGCCUGCUAGCAGCUCUGGUCGACAAGUGUAUCAAGACGGAGGAUAUUCUUAAACUUCAAUGGAAAUGCCGUGCUAAAUCCUUCACUAUCGAUGAUGAUGUGAAGGAGGUCUCAUUGGUGAGUCACAAAAUCACCAAGCACACUUGUGAAAUGGCUCAAGUUUCGGGAUCUGAAUUUCCUGCUGCUGCUAUCGCCCCCGGCAUCGUACCUUGUUUAUUAUGUUGGAGUUGUGUGAUGAAUGUUCUGCUGUUGCAGAGCCUACUAUGGGUGACAUUACUGGAGAUUUCAAUUCCAAUGAAUCAGAUAAUAAACUGGUUGAUAAUGGCAAUCAUGAGGAAAGGGGCAGUGUGAGUGAAAAUAAGGACUCCAAGAAGGAACUAGCAAGAAAUGACAUGGAUGAAAGCAAUAAGACAGAUGAAAAUCAAGUAUAGUCUACACUGAAAAUUGGGCAGCUAGCUCAAACAAAUUGGUGCCUUUGUGUUCUUCUCAUGGAGCUCCUUCCUGAUAUGCAUUGAAUUAUGAUGAAUCAAUGUCAAGAACCCCAAUGAGAAACUAGGAAGAAACAGCCUGGAGAAACGUGAGGUGAAGCCAGAAACCAAGGCUAGUACAGAAAAACAAGUUGACCUGGUGGGAAGCAGCAAUGAGGGCGAUAGUUCCACUCCUAAGGAGAAGAAGAAGGUAGACAUUUCAAAAAAAAAAAAAAGUGCAGCUAGGCUAAAUUUGUUUAUGUUCUUCAUGGAAUUCCUUGCAACACGAACUUUUAUUUUAGCUGAAAGAUGUGUUGAAAGAGCAGAGCAGUCCCCUGUAUGGAAAAGCUGGUGGGCACAAAAAGUGGUUUUCAGGAUGCUUUAAUUUUGCGAAACCAUGAGGGAACGCCGAUGGGACAGCAAGCUAAUGAAUAAUGAUGCCGAAUUCUCAUCUAAUAGAUGAACCCCUAUAUUUUGUUGCAUUGGUGUAGCUCUUAUUAUGGACAAUCUGUGAUUAGUUCUCUAGACUAUUUUCUCAUAUAAGAGGAAAAUGAAACGUGUUGAUGCUAUGAUGAUGAUGGUUUGUUCUGCUUGUGUUUUAAUUACAUUCAUCAGUGGAACUUGAUUAAUUUUGGCA